CCUGAGUCCCAGGGUUCCCAAGAUGCCGCCAAUCCCAUUGCGCCACAGUGGGAACUCCAGUUCAUUUUUAAUAAUUCCUUCAUAGCCUAAAGUGAGAGAUAAUCAUCCAGGACCCGCUCGACUGUUUUUGUCUACCUCUUAAAUGAAUGUUAAUGUCUGGAUGAUACAGAUAGUUAAUACACUGCAACAGUUCAAAUCACAAAAUAGUUUGCUUUGACAAAAGUAUUUCUUUUAAAUGUGUUAUAGAAAAAUAUUUGGAAUGGGAAAAGUUGGACUUGAAAAUGUUUUCUUUGUUCAGAGGAAACGUCUGUAAUGCAGGUGAUGAGAGAAAUAAAAAAGGAAGAUGUUGAAAUGGAACUUUGGAAUUGUGUCCAAUCCAGGUCUUGGUAACUGUGGUUAUCAUGGGUAUAGUCAAGCAUAUGCCACAUCACCAUCAUGUUUCAUUUAUUUCCCCGCAGAACAGCAGACGGAAACUUUUGAGUACCCUUGACUUUGGCAUCAUUUUUCUUGAGCAUCUGUUAUAAAUGCCAAAAUCUGUUUCUCCUGUUGUGGAUAAUGUUUGGAACUGGUAGAUUGAUUUUUGAAUAUGUUCUACAGCUCCACUAGGCAGGAAAUACCGUACUAUUCGUUUCACCUUCUCAGUCAAAACAGAAACACCUUCUGUCUAAACAAUUUAAGUGUAUUGUUUACACAAAAUGAAGUAGGAUUUUCGGGGUAAAUAAUGUAUAUAAAAUUAAAAUUAAUUUACUUAAGAAAUCACACUUGAUUUAACAAUAACCUGGUACAAAGUACCAGUUGUGCCUCCUGUACACUAAUAUCAGCUGGGGGCCCUGUGUGAAACAUAAUUUCUCUCAGAUGAUUUCUCUGAGGCCCCUUUGGUGAAGGGCUCAAUAUUAUGGUUGGCGGCAGGGUUAAGGGAACCAAAAAGGGAUAUUGAGACACUGAGUAAGUAGCAGUGUGAAGUCACUUCUAGGCCUGCGAAAGGACAAUGGUUAUUGAAGCCCAGAAGGGGCUGUAGUUGUGGAGAGAUGCAGGAUGGCUGGAACCAUUGCUGUGAUACAGGGAGGAAUUGACAAAUAAUACUCAGACUCCUCUCUUGUCUUCUCAUUUCCUGCAGAACCUUCCUCUGUGGCUCCUGGAGAACCCAGGUGAUGCAGUGUAGAUGUUAUCUCACUGUGAGGUAGUCUUUAAAAAAAAUGAAGGCUCAAAAAUAAAAAACAAAAAUUAAGGUUUUUUUGUAAGUUGCCGAGGUUCACCUUAGAGAUAGUGAAUCCAGGCCAUUUGACUCCUCUGUACUUGAAAAAAUAAUAACAACAGCUUUGUUGAAAUUUAAUCUACAUACCAUAAAAUUCUUCCAUGUUAAAUGUUCAGUUCAAUGAUUUUUACUGUAUUCAUCACACACCAAGGUGUCACCACAAUCUAAUCUUCAAGCAUUUUCAUUACUCCAAAGAGAAACCUCACUCUCAUUCUGACCCCUAGGCAACAGUUAAUCUGUCUCUAGAUUUGCCAUUCCUGGACUUUUAAUAUAAAUGGAAUCAUAAAAUAUGUGUUCUUUGGUGUUUGGCUUCUUUGCCCAAGCAUAAUGUUUUUGAGAUUCAUCCAUGUUAUGGCAUGUAUCAAUACUUAUAAAUGCUUAAAAGGAAGCUCAUUUGUUUAUCCAUUCACGAGGUGAUGGACAUUUGGGUUAUUUUCAGUUUUUGGCUCUUGUGAAUAAUGUUGCUGUGGAUAUUUGCAUAAAAGUAUUUGAAAAAAAAAAGUUUUAUUUUCCUUGUGCAGAUACCUAGGAGUGGAAUUGUUGGGUCAUGUGAUAAUGGUGUUUUAACUGCCAGACUGUUUCCUAAAGUGGUUCUAGUUUCUCUACAUCCUUGUCAACACUUUCGAUUUUAGCCAUGUUUUUAACUAUAGCCAUUAAUAUCCUGAGAAGUUCACCCUUUUCUUUUUUUAACAGUUAUCUCUUCUCACAUGGUAUUCUGCAAAGUCGGGUUCAAGGGAAGGGAAGUAUCUUUUACCAUCAACAACUUUGUUAUUUUCACUUCUUUAUUUAUUUUAUUUUAUUUUUGUCUUUUUGCUAUUUCUUGGGCCGCUCCCCGAGGCAUAUGGAGGUUCCCAGGCUAGGGGUCGAAUUGGAGCUAUAGCCACCGGCCUACACCAGAGCCACAGCAACUCGGGAUCUGAGCCGAGUCUGCGACGUACACCACAGCUCACGGCAACGGUGGAUCCUUAACCCACUGAGCGAGGCCAGGGACCGAACCCGCAACCUCAUGGUUCCUAGUUGGAUUCGUUAACCACUGCACCACAACGGGAACUCCUUAUUUUCACUUUUUUAAACUAAAGAACAUCACAGUCGAAUUACUCAGCAGUUAGUAGCCAAAUUCAUUAAACUUUACAUCCCUUAACAUUUAUUUUUAAAGCAAUUUUUAUUAAACUUUGGAACUGUUUGUAUAGUAAUGUUUUAUGCAAGGGCCGUUAAGACAAUGAACGGUCUGUUUGAGUUUAGGAUUCCCUUUGCUUUCAGUUUUAGUUUGGGAACUGAAGAAAGUUUUGAAGCAGAUAGCAGCUAGAGUCACCUUUUAAAAAUGUAUUUAGUCACUCCUUUGCUUAAAAGUCCUUCGGUUGUUUUCUGUUGCAUGUGGAGUAGAAUCCAAAUUCCUUAUCAUAACCCACAAAGUUUUUUAUGUUUGCCUCUUGCCACCUCCCUUCCCAGGUGAAUAAAUCUCCUGCCACUCUCCCUUUCAGCAGUACAUUCCAGUACAUUCGAAGCAUAUUGGUCUUUUCGGCUGCUGUAUGUAGCAAACUUUCCCACCUUAGGCCAUGCAUAACACCCCUCCCUAUGGUUUGACACAGGGUUAGCUUAAUACCCCUUUCCAUGGAGACUUUUUUUGCUUGCUGUGUCCUCUGAAAGUAGUGUCACAAUAGCAUCUGUCCUCAGCCCAUUUCUCAUGGAGGACACUCUUUGGGUAAUUUCAUCCACUUUCAUGACUUCAAAAGUCCCCAUCUAGUAAUGAUUCCCAAUUUUUAAUUUCCAGCUCAGUUUUCUUUCCUGAGUUCCAAGUGGGAAUGUUCCCUAGCCCUCUUUUGAGUAUUUCCCACUUUAUCUCCUAUGAACACCUCACCUCAACUUUAAUGCAUCCAAAGUCGAACUCUUCAAGUUUGUUUAUCCUUACUUGGUUCCCCAUCAUUCAUGACCCCUCUGUCUUUUCCACCACAAAUCAUUGUUGGCCAGGACUUAUCAAUUCUAUAUUUUAAGAGUUCUCAAGUAUCUGACUGUUGCCACUGUUCUGCCCUUAUAAUUUUUUUAUCUGGAUUUCUGCAAUAUGAUCUUGGCCUUGCUACUUUUAGGCUUGCUCUCUUCUUCAUAGUACUUAAUAAUCAUAUUAUCCUCCUAAGAGUGAUAGUUCUAUCCUCUUGGUAUAUGGCAAAAUUGCUAUAAGAGCCUUUUCAAAGUGACUUUCAGGGUCCCAACUUAGAAGUAAUAAUAAAGAACUUCUUGGAGUUCCCUGGUGGCUCUUCAGGUUAAGGAUCCAGUGUUGUCACUGCUGUGGCUCUGGAUAUAGCUGUGGUGCGGGUUCGAUUCCUGACUAUAGAACCUCCCUCUACUAUUGGUACAGCCAAAAAAAGAAAAAUGAAUUUCUGAAAGUGUGAACUGGGAGUGUAUGGUUUGAAAAAAAUCGACCAGAUGAUGCUGACAAGCACCUCUGGUUAAAAAACAUUGUUUUAAAAUACAAAUUUAAUCAUACAACACUGAUUAAAAUUCGUUAGAGGCUUUUAAUUCCCUUGAAGAGAAAAUGUGAUAUUCUCAUGUCAUAUUUUGGCAUGUGAUUUUCCAUAAUCUGGCUCCUGUCAGACUCAUAGCCCCACCCACCCCCAGUACAACUAUGCAGAAUUACUUAAAGGUCUACUAAUUUAUCAUCUUAUUUACAUUUCCAGGUCUCUAUAUAUGGUACUAUCUCUUCUUGAAUUACUCUUCUUUGUCUUUCCUUGAAUAAUUUCUCCCCUUUUCAUUACUCAGCUGUAAUGUACUAGAGUUUAAGCUAUGAAGAAGGACAUCCCUCACACUCUGAAACAGAUCUCCUUCAGAGACAGAAUUUUGCAGCCUCUCAUCAGCUUCCUGGAUAUGCUACUACACCUCAGCCAACCGGUCUUUCUGGAAUAUUUGAUACUAGUGUGAACAAUGCCAGCACUAACACUAAAGAAUCUUCAGUGACGAAUUUUCUCUCUGCUGUUGAAUCCCGAGCUGCUCAGGCUGCUUCUUCAGGAACUACUCUUUUACCACAAUUCAGGGCCCCAUCCUGGCAGACAGGUAUGCAUUCCUCAGCAGCAACUGAGCUGUUCGUUACUGGACCUUUGCCGACCACUGGAACACUUCCCCCCUCUGCCCUCUCUGCUUAUCAGCAUCCCACCACCUUCAGCAAUAGAAACUUUGCUACCACCUCACCUUUGGUGCUUCAGGAUUCAACUUUUAACACUACAUCAAAUGGAAUUUUAAAUCCUCAUGACCCUUUGCUGCAAAUCAAGACUUCCCAGGGAACUGUUCCAACCGCUUUGGCAUUUGAGCGCCUGGGCAGUUCUGCGAUAAGUAACUGCAUACCACCUCAGUCUUCAACGUACCGCUCAGCUCAAGAGUCCGCACCCCAUCUUUUACAACCUCAGUUUAGUUUGUUGCCUUCAGCACUUGGGGGAGCCCAGCAAACUCCUCAAGCCUACGGUUCAACUCUCUUUACUAAUUCUACUGCUUCCAUUGAAAGAGCUCUUCUUCGAGAAUGUAGUGUUAUUAAACACCAUCAGCGGCCUUCAGGUACCCAGUCUAUUCAGGCACAACUGACUGGUUCACAGCAUUCCUUACACAGUUAUCUAUCAAAUGCAAGUGUGGUCAAUUUUCAGGAAACCAGCAGGCAGUCAUCUUUAUCCUGUAGCCCAGUUGGAGAUUCUACUCAGGUGAGCAAUGGAGGAUUGCAGCAGAAGACCUCCCAGGUCUCAGUGGAACUUGCUCAGUCCUAUUCUUCGGCGAUUCCAUCAUCAGGGUAUCCUCCUUCUACUACAAAAGUAAAAAGCUGUUCUACGAAACAACCACUAACAUCAACCAAGACCCCCAAACCUCAAAGUAUAAUUCCUCCUGUGCAAACACUAAGCUAUUCCAAGCCUUUACAUAACCAGAGCUCUGUAAUAUCAGGCCAAGCACAAAUUUAUUCUACAGCGCAGCUACCGAGCCUUUUAUCAGUUAGUCAGUCGCAAAAUUAUGGUUUAGCGCAGCCACAUACCGUGCCAUCUAUUGUUCAUUCACAGGUUUAUAGGUCCAGCAAAGUUGAGAAAUUGCCACCCUUGUAUAAAACAUUGACUUUUUCUGGGUCAUCUCAGACUAUAACUUCUGAAAAUCCGACACUUAGUUAUUCUAAUCAGCAAGAGGUAUUAUCUUCAGUUACAAAUGAGAAUUACCCUGCUCAAACAAGAGAUCUGUCUUCAGUUAGCCAGGCUCAGAGUUACUCAUCUGGUCACUCUCAGGGUUUAUCACCAGUUAGCCAGUCACAGGUUAGUUAUUCAUCUCAGUCGCAAGUUUUAUCAGUUGUGAGUCCUUCAGAAAGCUAUGCUUCGGGGCAGUCCCUAACAUUAACAGCGCCUUCUCUUUCAUAUUCUUCUGCCUCUCAGGCUCAAAAUAUGCCAGAUUCUAGCCCAACUCAGAAUUAUAUUUCUAUGCAUUCUUCCCAAAAUGCUCAGACUCAAGGGUCAUCAUCUCCCCAGUCCCAAAAGUUUUUGCCUGCUGUCCAGUCAUCACCUUUUGCAUCCUCUAUUCAUUGUCAGACAUUACAAAAUAACAUACCUUCCCCUGAUCCAAAAUCUUAUGCUGAAAGAAAACUGGACUCAAAUGUGUAUGGAUCUUCAAAGCAAGAGGGAGAUUUUCCAAUGCAAGAGUUACAGGUAUUACAACCACAAGUCUCUCUUGAGUCAUCAACCCAAAGGCUCUCUGAUGGGGAAAUUAAUGUGCAAGAGUCAGCUUAUAAGGUGUCAAAGGCAGAUGACAGAUAUUCUCAGAGCAUAAUCAGAAGUAACUCCCAUCUUGAAGACCAGGUUGUUGGGAUUGCUCUACAAGGAUCAAAAAAAGAAGAAAGCCUAGUUGGUUCAGUGACACAAGUUAACCAACAAAUCGGCCAAGUCAGUAAUGCAGCAACCCUUGAUAUUAAGAAGACAACUAAUUUAAUGCAAACUCCACAAAUAAGGUUGAAUACUAAAGACCUAAACCAGCAGCAUUCUCUUAUCCAGAAGGUACAUGAAGCCAAGGCCCAGGAGCAGCAUGAUCAAAUAAUUAAUACAUCAUCUCAGAUUCAAAUUCCAAAUCAUGCCUUAGGGCAUGGCCAUCAAGCAUCUCUUCCUAAUACACAGGUCCUUUUAGACUCUGCCUGUGAUUUACAAAUUCUUCAGCAGUCAAUACUGCAGGCAGGUUUAGGACAAGUAAAGGCAACUUUACAAGUGCAGCGUGUUCAAAGUCCUCAACAAAUAGUACAUCCUUUCCUUCAAAUGGAUGGUCAUGUUAUUCAGAGCAAUGGGGAUCCUUCUCAGCAGCAAAUCCAUCCUCAAAAUUCUGAAAUUAUGAAAAUGGACCUCUCUGAGUCUACAAAACCAUUACAACAACAUCUGGCAACAAAGGGCCAUUUUAGUGAAACAAAUCAACAUGAUUCAAAGAAUCAUUUUGUGUCUCUUGGAUCAAUAUGUUUCCCAGAGGCAAUGCUUCUCAGUGAUGAAAGAAAUAUUUUAUCAAAUGUAGAUGAUAUCUUAGCAGCUACAGCAGCAGCUUGUGGAGUUACACCUUCUGAUUUUACCAAGUCAACUUCAAAUGAAACCAUUCCUGCUGUUGAAGAUGGUGAUUCUAAAUCUCAUUUUCAGCAGUCAUUAGAUGUUGGGCAUGUGACUUCAGAUUUUAACUCCAUAGCAGCUACAGUAGGAAAGCCACCAAAUAUAAAUGAUAUUUCCCUAAAUGGAAAUCAAGUUACUGUAAACCUUUCACCAGUACCUACUCUUCAGUCAAAAAUGACUCUUGAUCAACAGCACAUUGAAACACCUGGUCAAAGUAAACCUUCUAAACUAACUUCGCCAGUGAUUGGACCAGGUCAUGAAGCCCAGGAGCAAAGUUCUGGCCCUUUCAAGAAGCAGUCUGCUACCAGUCAUGAGUCUGAAGAAGACAGUGAAGUUCCUGUUGAUAGUACUUUAAAUAACAGAAAUCAAGAGUUUGUUUCUAGUAGUAGAAGUAUAAGUGGAGAGAGUGCUACUUCAGAGAGUGAAUUUACUUUAGGGGGUGAAGACAGUGGUGUGUCAGUGACCCCAACUAGGAGUACACUUGCACUGUUGGCCAUGGCCCAACCUGGGGAGCCAGUCAGUGUCAAGGUUGAAGAGGAAAACCAAGACUUAAUACAUUUUAACCUUCAGAAGAAAAAAACUAAAGGAAAAGGGCAAACUAAAGAGGAAGACAACAGCAAUCAGAAACCACUGAAAAGACCUGCCCAAGGCAAACGCCAGAAUCCAAGGGGAACAGAUAUAUAUUUGCCGUAUACUCCCCCUUCCUCGGAAAGCUGCCAUGAUGGUUAUCAGCAUCAAGAAAAAAUGAGACAGAAGAUCAAAGAAGUAGAGGAAAAGCAGCCAGAAGUCAAAACAGGAUUUAUUGCCUCUUUCUUAGAUUUUCUGAAAUCUGGGCCCAAGCAGCAAUUUUCCACUCUUGCUGUACGAAUGCCUAACAGGACUAGACGACCAGGAACCCAGAUUGUUCGUACGUUUUGUCCCCCACCACUUCCAAAGACUGCAUCUGUAACACCCGCACCUUUAGUAUCUGAAACCGGGGGUCACAGUCCAUCAGAAAAAGUUGAUAAUGAACUUAAAAACCCAGAACAUUUAUCUUCACUUUCUUCUGAUGAAGAGGAUCCUGGAGUAUGCAGUCAAGAUGUUUAUAAAAGCUCCUCUACUACUUUAACUACUUUGGGUGCUACUUCUGAUAGAAAGAAGAAAGCAGUUUCAGAAGCCCUGCAGGUGGCAACUACUAGCCCAGCUGCCAACACUACCGGUACUGCUACUACUUCCUCCACCACUGUGGGUGCAGCUAAGCAAGAAUCUCUCUACUCUACUUCAUCUACAGUAAAUAGCCUGGAAAAUAUAAACUCUGCAGAACCCCCAAAUCCCAUCGAACUUGAUGGUCUUCCUUCAGAUCAGUAUGCAAAAGGACAAGACACUGUAGCCAUAGAAGGUUUUACAGAUGAAGAGAAUACAGAAAGUGGAGGAGAAGGCCAAUACAGAGAGCGCGAUGAAUUUGUGGUAAAGAUAGAAGACAUAGAGACUUUUAAGGAAGCUUUGAAAACAGGAAAAGAACCCCCAGCUAUUUGGAAAGUACAAAAAGCUUUAUUACAGAAAUUUGUUCCUGAAAUUCGAGAUGGGCAAAGAGAAUUUGCUGCUACCAACAGUUACCUUGGAUAUUUUGGAGAUGCAAAGAAUAAAUAUAAAAGGAUAUACGUGAAGUUCAUUGAAAACACAAACAAAAAAGAGUAUGUCAGAGUGUGUUCCAAAAAACCAAGAAAUAAGCCUUCACAAACUCUCAGAACUGUUCAGACAAAGCCAAGUAGUAGCAGUAAAACUUCUGAUCCUCCAACACCAAAAACUACGACGACAAAAGCCCCUUCCAUAAAACCCAAAGUUAAGCAGCUAAAAGUAAAGGCUGAGCCACCACCAAAGAAAAGGAAGAAAUGGAAAGAAGAAUUUUCAUCAUCCCAAUCUGACUCAUCUCCUGAGAUCCACUCUAGUAGUAGUGAUGAUGAGGAAUUUAAUCCUCCAGCUCCCUUUGUCACUCGUUUUUUGAACACAAGAGCCAUGAAGGAAACCUUUAAGAGUUACAUGGAAUUGCUUGUUAGCAUUGCUUUGGAUCCUGACACAAUGCAAGCCUUAGAGAAGAGCAAUGAUGAGCUACUUUUGCCUCAUAUGAAAAAAAUAGAUAGCAUGCUGAAUGAUAACCGAAAGAGACUUCUUUUGAAUCUUCAUUUGGAUCAGUCAUUCAAGAAUGCUUUGGAAAGUUUUCCUGAACUAACAAUAAUAACUCGAGAUUCUAAAGCAAAAAGUGGAGGAUCUGCUAUUUCUAAAAUCAAAAUGAAUGGCAAAACUUAUAAUAAAAAAACUCUAAGGACUUCUAAAACAAGCACUAAAUCUGCACAAGAGUUUGCUGUUGAUCCAGAGAAAAUACAGUUAUAUUCUUUGUAUCAUUCACUCCAUCAUUAUAAAUACCAUGUUUAUCUGAUAUGUAAAGAUGAGAUUUCUUCUGUGCAGAAAAAAAACGAAGAUUUAGGACAGGAAGAAAUUGUUCAACUUUGUAUGAAAAAUGUAAAAUGGGUGGAAGACCUAUUUGAAAAAUUUGGAGAACUUCUAAAUCAUGUUCAGCAGAAAUGUUCCUAACAUUUCCACAAAAAUUCCGUUCUCUUUUCUAGCACUAAUGAAAUGGCAGAGGCAGGUGGUCAGAUGGUGUCUAGGGCCUCAGAUAAUCGAAUGUCAAGCAGUGGUCUCACGUAGGCACGCCUGCUUUGAUCAUGAACUUGCAUCACGGCCUCUCGCUAAAGGACAGUGGUGCUGCCAAGGAAGUCAGUCCUUUGGAAAUGGACCUAAAUCCUACCCCAUUUGUAUCCUAAUGAAUGAUUUUUCUAUUUUGUAAACCAUUGGGUAACUGAGUUUUAUUUUCAGAGAUGUUUUUUGACAAAUGAUGAAGCAUGCACUAAAUAUAAUUUUUCUUUAUUGCUAGAGAGAUAACACUUAAGUAACUUGAUUAUUUUUUCCUGCCUCUGACUAAACACCAGAAUGAAAGAGAAGUGGCAGAAAGCAUAUGUUAAUAUUGAUGUCUGGCCACAAAAUGGGAAGUAUUGUACAUUAUGUAAACAGAUCUGGUGUGAUGUGACAUUCUGUAGGAGAAUAUCAUCAGUUUAAAAUGUAAAAUUCAGAAACUGCAUUCUGCUUUAUGAACUCCUUUUACUCUUAACAUGUUCAGGAAACUGGAUGUGGAAUUGGUGCAAUUCUAUGACUCCUUUUUGUGUCAAAUUAUAUGGUGAUGAAAAAACAGUGACAUACUAUUUUCCCUAUCUCAAAGAAAAGUAUUUUCCUUUAUACUGUUUUUCCUUUGGAAAAUUCUUCAACUGUACAUUUUAUUUCACUAAUAGUUGUAUUUUUCACAAGGAAAAUGUUGUGAUUAUAACUAUGUUUGAUGUAUCUGUAGUACACUUUUCGUUGUUUUCAGUAAAUCCUAUUUAGUUACAUAUUGAAUUUUUAUUGUGAAUUCUAUCGCAAGGUAACCAUUUUUGUUUAUACAGAUUUGCUUCAGUGUUAUCCAGAAUAUGCAUUCAGUACUAGAAUUAGUUAAGCUUUAUAAAUGGGGUUGUGUUAGACACUGCAGUGAUUUUCCUAAUUACUGAAAAUAAAUUUCUUAGUAAACUAGCACUUGGUUAGCUGAUUUGUCAAAAUAAAAAUUAGCAUUCUACAUUUUGAAGGUUCAAAUUUAUAAUUAGAUGACAUGCAGUGUUAAACACAGCUUACCCAACUCUUAGAACUGGAAGUGGUAGAGCUCUCCUUUUGGUGCCUUUCCGACCUUUAUACAUGCUAUCGUGGCUCUCUUUAUUUUGUUAGCUAGUGUUUCUUCAAGUAGUUUAGCUGAGACAGUGAAUGUAUUAGGUUCAACAUGACUUUGUGUUUUAUUUGUGUUUGCCAACAGGAUGCCUUAUUUGUUUGAGAAAAAGAUUUACUAGUGUCCUUCUAAACGAUCUCCUUUUUUAGGAUUCUGAAGAAGCUGUUAAUCAUCAUACUUUUGUUUAUUUUACCACCAUUUAGUGCCUUAAGUCCUAUCAAAAAAAAAAAAAAAGCAGUGUUACUGCUCAGUGCCCAAAUAAGAUGUGCUUAUGUGGUUAUUGCUAUUGUCUUGAUUUUGAGUAAAGAGGCCAAGUUCUUACACUUAAAACCUCAGUAAACUGGCAAAGAAUUAAAGGUAACAUGUGACUUGAUUUAAGAAUGAAACAUUGUAGCAUUGGAUGAAAAAUGAGUACUUGAGUUAAGCUUACCUAUUUAUUUCUGAUGAUUGUCUCAUUAAAAGCAAUAAUCCUUAAUCCAGCAAUGCUUGUACCUGCCAUUAGACAAGAUAGUAAAUAGAAAUUUCUCUCAAUGAUUAAAUAUACCAUUUCUGAAAGUUUUUUUUAAAAAUCUGUUUAGGCAGCUUAUUUGAAAACAAAAAUGACCUAUUAGAUUCAUUUGCCAAAUUCAAGUGAGAGAAUGUCAGCAGUGAGAGCAUGAUAAAAUUAAUUUUGCUGAGUGGAAAAGAGGAGGAUGCAGCCAUAUUUCUUCCUGUUGUUGACUCUGGACAGAAUUGGUUUCUUUCAUUUCCAAAGUGCAGAAUAGAUAACUACAUCUCCUAAUGUAGUGUUGUGAGAAUUUGUCUUUAUGUUACCUCCCCCAGCUUAUUUCGCUGACUCAUUGAUGAUUUAAACAUUUCUAAAAGCCAUCCUGCAUUUAGGUGACUCUUGAAGUACAUGUUUGAAAUCACUAGCCACAUUUCCUUAAAGUUAAUCUUGUUUCCUAUAGAAAAUAACCCAUUUCCUUUUCAACUGCAGUUGCCCUCCAACUGUUUGUGGUUGUAUUCAUAUUAGUAAAACAAGCAUCUUCAUUAAAUCAGAAGCCAAGGGUAUGAUACUGCCUGAAGGAGACCCAGUUCCUUUGCACCAUCUUCUCUCACUGGAUCCCUAUAGCGUAGGCAAAAACAUCAAGCUCAGGCCUUAGCAAAGUGGGACUGUUAUUACGAUAUCCAUACAUGAGUCCUUUCUUUGUAUGACGUUGAAUAAAUAACCUAGCUGGUUAGGUAUUCCUUCACAUUCCUUGCCAGGGAGUCUGAAAUUUAUAAUAUAGAAAUAACCUUAGGUUUUAGAUAGAGUUCAAUAGAUAAAGCACAUGUUGCUGUAACCCAGGAAGACAUUUUUAAGAAAGAUUGGAUUUUCCUACCUACAGAAAUAUGGAAGUAAUUUACAAAAAAAAAAAAAAAA